AUGUUGAAAGAUGCAUUCAGGAUAAGAAACUCAAUUUCUGGACAGCUGUUCAAUUCUUUUCCUAAAAUUAUGCAUCAUCUGCCGGGACCACAUCAUCAAGUGAUUCAGAACUUCUUCACUCUGAAUGAGUUUGUGAUGGAUAAAGUGAGAGAGCAUCAGAAGACACUGGACCAAAACUGUCCCAGAGACUUCAUAGAUUGCUUCCUUAUAAAAAUGGAGCAGGAAAAGGAUAACCCUAACACAGAGUUCCACUUUCAAAACCUGUUUGUUACUGUGAUAAAUCUUUUCUUAGCUGGGACAGAAACAACAAGUACGACAAUAAGACUCAGCUUAAGGAUAUUGCUAAAGUACCCGGACAUUUUAGCUAAAGUGCAGGAAGAAAUUGACCAUGUGAUUGGCCAGAACCGCUGUCCCUCCUUGGAGGAUCGAAGCAAAAUGCCAUAUACAGAGGCCGUGAUUCAUGAAAUACAAAGAAUAUCAGAUGUCUUGCCUAUGAGUGUACCGCAUGCAACUGCUGAGACUAUCGUGUUCCGAGGCUACACCAUCCCUAAGGGCACAACCAUUUUUGCACUUCUGACCUCUGUCCUGAAGGAUCCUAAACACUUUCAGAGCCCUCACAAAUUCAACCCAAAACAUUUUCUAGAUGAAAAGGGGGGAUUCCGGAAGAAUGAGGCAUUCAUGCCAUUUUCUAUAGGAAAGAGGAUCUGCCUUGGGGAAGGAAUGGCAAGAAUGGAGCUCUUUCUAUUUAUUACUACUAUUCUGCAAAAUUUUAACUUGAAAUCUGAUGAGGAUCCUUUAGAUAUUGACAUCUCUCCUCUGCCCAACAGUAACAGUACCAUUCAUCGGCCUUUUGAUAUAUGUUUGUUCCCCAGAUAA